UAAUCAAGUCAUGAGUUAUAGAAUAUUCAUAUAAUCCACUUAUCAAUUCAAUAAAAUAUUAUAAAAAUCUUGAAAAAGGGAUUCGAAUUGAAGCAACUUAAAACCGUUUUUUAACAGUUAAGCUGAAUUGCAAAAAAGCCAUAUUUUUCGCUCUAAAUCUCAUCAGCCUCGUUUUCAUUCUCUCGCUAUAUAUACGCGUGUGUGAACGAGCCGUACCCUCAAGCGAACACGAUUACAAGAAUGGCUUCUCCUUUCUACUUUGUGUUCCUUCUCUCUGUGCUUCUACUCGAACAGACCUAUGCGAGUCCCAAUUACAGAGAAGCACUCUCAAAGUCGUUGCUCUUUUUCCAAGGUCAGCGUUCUGGUCGCCUCCCUGGUGACCAAAAAUUCUCAUGGAGAUUCAGCUCUGGCCUCUCUGAUGGCUCUUCGGCUCAUGUAAGACCCUACCUAAACUGUAAACCCAUUGUCACUACUAGCCGGUAAAAGUUUAAAGCAUCCAUUUGAAUAACAUGGUAUGAGUUGCAGGUGGACUUGACUGGAGGCUACUAUGAUGCUGGAGACAAUGUGAAGUUCAAUUUCCCUAUGGCGUUCACCACCACGAUGCUCUCCUGGAGCUCUUUGGAGUACGGUAAGAAGAUGGGAUCUGAACUUCAGAACUCUCGUGUGGCCAUCCGUUGGGCCACUGAUUAUCUACUGAAAUGCGCCAGGGCCACUCCCGGGAAGCUUUACGUUGGAGUAGGAGACCCUAAUGGUGAUCACAAGUGCUGGGAACGCCCAGAAGAUAUGGACACACCUCGCACAGUCUACUCUGUAUCCCCAUCAAAACCUGGCUCUGAUGUAGCCGCAGAAACUGCUGCUGCUCUAGCUGCAAGCUCCAUGGUUUUCAGGAAAGUUGAUCCCAAGUACGCUCGCUUACUCCUGGCGACAGCGAAGAAGGUCAUGCUGUUUGCCAUUCAAUACCGAGGCGCUUACAGUGACUCCCUUUCGUCUUCCGUCUGCCCUUUCUACUGCUCCUACUCUGGCUACAAGGUAGGCUUUCAUAUGUCUACCUUCAUCUGAAUCUGAGAGAGACCUAUCAAUUGAAUCAUUGUAACUAAACUACUCUUCUGAUUACAGGACGAGCUG